GAGUGCAGUUGAACACACUGGCAUCUCAAUCUUGAAUUUGUCAUUCAGCGGGGAUGUUUGUUUCAAAGGUAUCCUCACUUGAUACUGACGUAGAGAAAUGUGGAAAUACCGUACAUAUAUAUGAUGUGUUCAAGCCGUUUUUAACAAUUCUAAACAUUGCUGGUUUGCACAUGCCAAUUGAGAGAGGAAGAAUGUCCAAUGCAAUGAGUAUCAUUUACUCUGUCUUCAUUCACAUCGUGUUAUGGUCAACCUUGUGUCGGUUUUUCAUUCGCUACACAAAUGAGGUUUAUACUGUGGAAUCAUGGAUGGCAGUAUUAUCCUACGCAGGAGUUCAGUCCAUUGGUAUGUAUUUUGGCAGCGCAACAUGUUUCGGUGUACACAAGCACCUGCACAAGUUUUUCCGACAGUAUGAUUCAUACAGAGACACGCAUGCCUCAACGAUGGACAGCCCAGCUCUCAGGCGCAAUACCAGACUGUUUCUUUUCCCUGCUGCGUUUGUAGUUAUAAUUUGUGUGCCAAUUUUGUACUUUAUGUUACUUCACAAUGUCGACCCAGCUGUCAUGUAUCUAAAACCGAUGAAACUGCUUCCACGGGAGUAUUUCCCUGUCGUCAAAGCUAUAUUUUUUAUUGCGUAUUACCUUAUUGUGAUACAGGCAGUAUUUACCCUGGCAUUUUUCUGUGUUCUUACCUAUUGCCUGUUCAAGGAGUUCAAACAGCUAAACGCUGAGUUAACCAGUUUGUUUGGUAGCAAAGAGGGAGAUGCACAGAAGUCAUAUCUUGAAAGAAUACGUCGCCAGUUUGAAGACACGUGUUCUCUAGUUUGCACGGUUGACAAAGUGUUCAGGCAUAUGAUCGGAUCAGGCUAUAUUGCUUCGGUUCCCAUCAUCUGUCUUAUGCUGUAUGGUUUGAUAAAGGAUGAAUUGAUGAAGAAAGAAUAUACAAUGUUGCUAACUUGUAUACUAUUCUUUGUUAUCCUUGUCGUUACAACCCUUUUGGCGUCAGUGGCCCUGAACAUCAAGGCGCAUUCCUCACUGAUGUAUCUUUUGAUGGCCGACUUUGCUGAGCUUUCAGCUACAAGUUUAAACAUUGUCAACAUUUUCAUCACAAGACUCACAACCACAAAAAUAGGGUAUACAGUAUACAACCUCUUCACAAUUGACUGUUCGACAAUCCUAAUGCUUACUGGAACUAUGCUGACGUACGUUGUGGUGAUUCUACAGUUCAAGCCUGACUAACGUCUUUGUUGUGAAGCCAUGAUGGAUGAUGGGAACUUGGGGACUAUCCCGAAGAUUCGAAAAAUUAAUCAUAUGCGCGGUGAUGAGUUAAGACCUAUUGAUAGAUACUACACACGUUGUAUGAAUAUGUAUUGAUGGUAAAUAGUUUAUACCACUGUGCACGUUCUCAUAGUGAAUAAGUCAGUUAAAAGUGAACUGAGAGGAGCAAACAGUUUGAGUUUUGAAAAAUGUUUACA